AAGAAUAAAAAGGAUUUGCCUACUUCUCCUUCCUCACCGAGAGCUGAUUACUCCAACUAUUCAUUUCCUCUGUCAUCUCAAAAUCACUGCUUUAUUUUGAUCAUCUCCCAUAAAUGGCGGCGUUCCGGUUGCAGUCAUGUAACUGUCCGUUACUUUCCGGCCGAUCACCGCCGUCAACUCUGCUACUUCAUGUUCCCACACGUUGUAAUCUUACCUGUAACUCUUCCUUCACCAGGUUUAAAAUGUCAAUUUCGUCAACCCCACAAACUGCCGCGAUCCCAGAAAAUCAUAGCGUUUUAGGUUGUGGAAUGGCGGCGGUGGAUUUCCUUGUUGCUGUUGAUUCUUAUCCUAACCCUGAUGAUAAGAUUCGAAGCACCAGUUUUCAGGUUCAAGGAGGUGGCAAUGCAGGGAAUGCUUUGACUUGUGCAGCUCGUUUAGGCCUAUCUCCGAGAAUUAUAUCAAAGCGAGUGGUUUGUAACACAGUUCUGGAGUUGAUUGGAGAAAAGACAGUCUUUGUUCCAAUGCAAAUGGAUGUUGCAGAUGAUUCUCAAGGGAAAGCAAUACUGGAAGAGCUGGAAGCUGAUGGGGUCGAUACAUCGUUUAUGGUGGUAUCCGAAGGGGGCCAUUCGACAUUCUCUUACGUCAUUGUUGAUAGUCAAGCGAAAACUCGGACUUGCAUUUACACCCCAGGAUACCCACCUAUGAUACCUGAGGAUUUAUCCAAGUCGAAUUUGUCAUCAGCUCUGGAUGAUGUGAGAUUUGUAUAUUUUGAUGGAGUAUUGCAAGAAACUGAAUUGUUAUCAGCUUUAGUUGUGGCUCGAGAGGCACAUCGGAGGAAUAUACCUAUUGUAAUUGAUGCAGAAAGUAAAAGAGAAAGGGUAGAUGACCUUCUAAACUUGGCAACUUAUGUCGUAUGCUCAGCGAGAUUUCCACAGGUAUGGACAGAGGCCCCUUCAAUCCCAGCUGCUCUAGUUUCUGUACUUCUAAAGUUGCCAAACAUCAAAUUUGUAAUUGUGACAUUGGGUGAAGAUGGUUGCAUGAUGUUAGAAAGGGCUGAAGCUGAGGAUCUCCAGUCUGAAGAAAUUGAUGUCGAUGAGUUGUUCAAGAAAAUGAAGCAGAGUAUUGAUACUGACGCAACCAGUGCAACAUCCAUAUCUUCGGAUAUUGCAAAAUUGCGUGCAAAAGGCAUCGGGACAGUGAGUGGGAAGCUGCUUCUUGGAACAGCUGAAAAGAUCCCGCCAUCAGAAUUAGUCGAUACAACCGGUGCAGGUGAUGCAUUUAUUGGAGCAGUUCUGUAUGCUCUCUGUGCCAAUAUGCCACCAGAAAGAAUGUUGCCAUUUGCUUCUCAAGUGGCAGGUAUCGGCUGUAGGGCUUUGGGAGCGAGAGCUGGUCUUCCCCAGCUAACAGACCCUCGAUUGAAACCCUUUUUAGUGAAUGAUCCCCAAAACGUGGCCACAUUGCUAUAGAAGAGAGCACAAGUCAAAAGUUAUUGUCAAGUUGGGAUUUUUUCUUAUAGUUUUUUCUCUCUGUCUAGACAUAUGUUCUGCAACAUUUGUAACAUUUUAUGUGAAAGAUUUGGUCAUUGAGCACAAGACCUUCCAAAUAUCGUUAUAGCAAAGCAUAUAAAGAUUUUAACUACUAUGCAAUGGGAUGUAUGAUCUUUCUCUAUUACAGGUUCUAUACUGCUUUCGUACUAA